AUGACAGGCGAGUCCAUUCAUCAAUCCAGCAGCACUGUUUCCACAGCGACUGUCGCGAAGAUUCGACCGAUUCAUGAUCCGAGUUCCGUCUACUAUUUGCACCCAUCGGAAGGACCAAGCAACUCUCUAACUAAAUACCUGCUAAAGGGAGACAAUUUCGAUGUUUGGGAACAAGCGAUUUGUCAUGCACUCGAAGGUAGAAGCAAGAUCGGUUUUCUAUAUGAAAACGAGUUUCCAAAACCGACGAAUGAUUUAGAACUCGAUGCUUGGAAAGCAAAUAACUCCAUCAUAUGUUCAUGGAUAUUUAAUAGUGCUGACGAAACGAUCCAGCCUAGUCUCGUCGCCCACAAAAUUGCCCACGAACUAUGGACUGAUAUAAAAGCAAGAUACAGAGGUACGAAUGCUCCAAAAUCUUGGCAGCUGAAGUCAGACCUACAAACGUUGCGGCAAAAAGGUCAAUCUGUAGUUUCUUACUACAAUCAGUUUAUCACGAUUUGGAACCAAUUGUACGGGUCGAUCGAUCCAACUUGCGGCUGUAUAUGUCCUGCGGCUGCCAAAAUGCGUCUUCGCUUUGAGGAGGAGAAGACGCAGGCCUUUCUUCUAGGGCUGGACGAUGCACAAUUUGGAGCCACUCGCUCCCAAAUUCUCGGCACCCAACCACUCCCUGUCCUUAAUGAAGCAUAUUAUCUUGUCUCUCAAGAGGAGAGACAUAAAUCGAUUGUGCGCAACCGAGAUGACCAAACUGAUGGACUAGCAUUCGCGGCUGAAAAUCAACCCACACAAACCCCAAAAUACAAAUGCACUCAUUGCGGAAAAACUGAUCACUCUGCAGAACGGUGCUUUCUUUUGAUAGGAUUUCCUAGCGGAGGAAGAAGGGGUCGUGGGGGAGGACGCGGAGGUAGAAGUGGUCGUGGUUCUCCUUCUGGCAGAGAACAAAGUGCCGGCCGAGGUGGGGGCUUGGCUGCACACGCUGACAGCUCCACUGCACCAACAGCGACAAUCGGCAGCAACCAAGGCACAACUAUUCUUGGAUUAUCGGCUGAACAGAUGACUCAAUUAUUGCAUAUGCUAGACACUCCUACACAAUCUGCCAACCACACGGGUACGGUACACGCUUUGUCACCCGAUUGGUUAAUUGAUAGUGGUGCUUCACAUCACAUGACGGGUAAUUUUUUAUCACUUUAUGAUAUUACAUCUGUCCCUGAGUGUUCUAUUGGUCUGCCGGAUGGCACUCGAGUUGUGGCAAAUUCUUGUGGGAGUGUACAGAUUUCUGAUAACUUAACUUUGCACAAUGACCGUGUUUUGACAACGGAGAUUGGUCGGGGUACAGCUCGUAACGGGGUAUAUGUGUUCCAGUCUCAAGCCUUCGUAUAUCGUGGUUUCUUGGCUGCCAUUUCUACUACAGACAUCCCCAGAUCAUUUCGAGAUGCUGUUAAAUUGGCUAAUUGGAGGGAGGCUAUGCAAAUAGAAAUCCGAGCCUUGGAAAAUAAUCAGACUUGGGUGUUAACUGAUCUUCCAGCCGGUAGACGAGCUCUGGGUUGUCAAUGGGUGUACAAGACAAAAUAUCAUGCCGAUGGAUCUAAAGAAAGGGACAAAGCACGGCGGUUGUUCUGGGUAAUCAUCAAGAAUUUGGCACAGAUUACACGGAUACUUUUGCUCCAGUUGCCCGAAUGGGAACUGUACGAAUUCUUUUGUCAGUUGCCGUUGCCAAGAAUUGGGAAAUUCACCAACUGGAUGUAA